AAAUCUGAUGAAGGGCACUAUGUAUGUACGGCAGUGGAUCCGCGAACAGGUGCCAGUGCUGAUGCUCCACCAGCACACAUUGGUGUUCGACAACUGUCAAGGCUAGCGCCACAGGUAGACCCCAUUGAGCAGUCCGUUCCUGAGGGUUCUCCAUUCCGAAUCCGAUGCUGGGUUCCCGGAAAUCCGCAUGUGCAUCUCACAUGGAGUAAGGCUGAAGGCGAAAUCAACGACGACUCCGAGCAAAAUCAAGGCAUUCUCACCGUAAAUCGAGCCGCACUCUCUGAUGAGGGAGACUAUAUCUGUUCGGCCGAGGAUCCAAGGACUGGCGAAGAAGCACAGGCACCUCCUGCCACUGUUCACGUCACGACGCCAAUACUGCCGCCAGACGUCAGCGCCGUUGAGCGAGGUCCCGAAAUUUCCCCACCUAUACAAACAGUGACCGAAGGCGAUCCCGCAAGCAUAAGGUGCUGGGUUGAUGGUCACCCAGAGGCAGCUCUUACAUGGAAGCGUGCCGAUGGCGCUCCACUGCCAUUUGGGGCAACGGAUGAAGGUGGAGUCCUGGCUAUCAGCAGUACACUGAUGAGUGAUGAAGGAGAAUAUAUUUGUACCUACACUCCACCUGGCGGUCAUCCUAAGGAUUCAGCACCUAGUAGGCUCAACGUUAAACCACGUACGUUGCUUCUUUUCGUUGUUCAUAUCUUAAUUCUUGCCUAA